CUCAAGAUGGCGGCCGUGGAGGGCGUGGCCAGCGACUCAGAGGUUCCGAAAAGGUGCGGAAUCAUGGCGGCGGCUGAGGAGCGGAUUCGCGAGGACCGAGAAGAGGAAGAAGAGGAAGCAGAGCAGUUGGUUCUGGUGGAAUUGUCCGGAAUUAUUGAUUCAGACUUUCUAUCAAAAUGUGAAAAUAAAUGCAAGAUUUUGGGAAUUGACACUGAGAGGCCCAUUCUGCAAGUGGACAGCUAUGUCUUUGCUGGAGAGUAUGAAGUUGCCUUCAACUUUUCUGCAGACACUCUUGGGACCUGUGUUAUAUUUGAAGAAAAUGUUGAACAGGGUGAUGCAGAAGGCAGUAGUAAAACAGUGCUAAAAUAUAAAUGCCAUACAAUGAAGAAGCUCAGCAUGACAAGAACUCUUUUGACAGAAAAGAAGGAAGGAGAAGAAAGCAUAGGUGGUGUGGAAUGGCUGCAAAUCAAGGACAAUGAUUUCUCCUAUAGACCCAACAUGAUUUGUAGCUUUCUGCAUGAAUAUGAAGAUGACGACGUUGUAGCUCCAGCCUCAGAUAAAUCUUUGGAGUUGGAAGAGCAAGAAAUUCAAACAAAAGAUAAUUCAGACCUGAAUUAUGAACAGGGGAAAUCACUGAACUUGGAAGUAGAGAAUUCUGGUCCUCUUAUUGAUAUCCCUUCUUCUGAGACAGAAGGUUAUGUUUUUAUGGAAACUCAAGAUAGUGCCUCGGAAAUCACUCCUAGAUGAAAUGUUUCUCAUUAUAACUAGUAAUGAGCUUUUUGGAGUUUUUAUAUAACAUAAUUGUAUAGCUUUCAGUUCACUAUUCUGCUAGUUUUGUUGGCUAUACAUGCAUUUCUGAUUAUAGCACAGUUUAAUAUACCAGAGUCGUUAAGGACCCAAUAUGAAUUGAAUUUUUAAAAAUCUGGUAUAAAUGACUAUAGGGACCCUUCUUUGAAUUUCUUUAAAUUGGAAGUUUUAUUAAGGUAAGUGUAUACGUUUUUUUAUUGCAGCCAUCACAAAUUACUGCAAACUUAGUGGCUUAAAAUGACACAAAUGUGGGGGGCGCCUGGGUGGCUCAGUCGUUAAGCGUCUGC